AUUCAUUUUGGAGGAGCAGACUAAGAAGCAGCAGAAUCAAAAUGAAGACAGCUUUUGUUAUUGUUUUGACCCUUCUAACCAUUUUUGUAGAUGCCUCGCCAAUACUACCAGAAAAACAAGCCAAGCAGCUUUUGAGAACCCGUCGCGAAGACAGACCAAGAAAAGCUGGCUUUCCUGAUGAACCAAUGAGGGAAUACCUGCUUUACCUCCAGCAACUGGAACAGAGAUCUGAAGAACAAUUCUUUGAGCACUGGCUGAAUCCACACUGCCUCCCUCAUUGCAACAGGAAUAUAGUUCACCCGGUGUAAAAGGGCCAGCUCCUUUCUAAAUGAUGAUCAUCCUUCUGUGUGUGGGAAAAGGAACCGUCAACGUUAAAUGAGACAAGAUUCACCUAGUACUGUCUAUGCCAGUAGAACAUCCAAGGCUUGGGUGUUUUUGGAGACUAAUCUGCGGUCCUAGCUACUUAGCUGAGCUUUCUUGGUCACGACGAUAAGCGCUUCAUUUUGAUGAAAAAGCACAGGCAUACAAUUGUGCAAUCUCCCAGGCCUCCGUCUCUCUCUGAAACAUGGAAUCGUGAUUUCUAGUUUAGAAAGCGGUAGGUUCCUUAGACAUCCCUAAGAAUUCUGUUGCUAUUCUUGUUCUUCAAAUGCAGCCACAUGAAGUGGUUUAAGUCAGCAUCUGUUUUUAAGUCAACAACCUCAAUGGCCAAGGACCAUAGCUGUCAACCUUCCCUUUUUUUGCGGGAAAUUCCCUUAUUCCAGCACCGUUUCCCGCUGCUUCCCGCUGCUAUCCCGGAUU